AUGCCGUCUCCCGCUGCCGGCAAGAAUCAAGACACUCCUCGCACUCCCACCAAGCUCGGACGCAAGCCCCAGUCGCAGCGCACCCCCAAGCUCGGCGAGCAAGCCAAGGACCAGCAGCAGCAACAACAGCAGAAGCCCGAAGCCCCCGAGAUGCAGAAGCCCGAGACUGACACGCCGGACCUCCCACCCCGGCCGUCCGUCGAGGGCGAGAGCGGCGAGGAUGUAAAGGGCAAGGCCGAGGACACGGCCAAGAAGGCAAAGGACGCGCCCCAGCAAGCUAGCGAGACCGCUAGUGAGACGGGCGACGAGGCCACGGGCAAGGUGUCCGAGGCCACCGGCGAGCUGAAGGAGCAGGAGCCCAAGCCGCUCAGCAGCGGCGAGGAGGACAACGACACCGACCAGCCGCCGAAGAAGGAGGCUGAAGACGACGAUGAUGAUGACACCGCGACGGAGAAGGCGGGCGACCUUGGCGAGGAGGCCGAGGACACGGCCGAAUCUGCGCAGCCCACUCCCGUCGAGUCUGAGGAGCCCGCGCAGGCGGCCCAGACCGCCGGCAGGCGAGGCAAGAAGUCCGGCGGCAACGUCCUUAACGGCGCCAAGAACCUGGCUGGCCGCGCCUCGAGCUUGGCCGGUCAGGGCGGUCAGGGCCCCAGGAAGGCCGCUCAGGGUGCCGAAGACACCGCUGAAGGAGCUGCCGAAGGCGCUCAGGACACUGCUGAAGGCGCCAAGGACAUCGCUCAGGACACCACUGAAGGCGCUCAAGACACUGCUGAAGGCGCCAAGGACACCGCUCAGGACACCACUGAAGGUGCCCAGGAUACCGCUGAAGGUGCCAAGGACACCGCUGAGGGUGCGACUGGCGCCGUCGACGAGGCCAAAGACACUGCCGAAGGUGCUGCUGACCAAGCCAAGGGUGCCGCUGAAGACACCACUGGCCAGGAGCUCCCUGACACCCCUGACCUCUCCAUCCUCAAGGGCCUCGAGGUCCAAGAGGACGGCAGCAUCCUCGACAACGAGGGCAACCAGAUCGGUCGCCUCGUCGAGGGUGACGCCGAAGACCUCCAGGGUUACUCCAUCGGCGAGGACGGCGAGAUCCUCGACGACGAUGGUGACCUCGUCGGCCGCUGCGAGGUUCUGCCCGAGAAGGUCGACGCCAUGAAGAAGCAGGCCGAGGACAAGGCGAAGCAGGGCGAGCCCAAGCUGCCUGGCCUCGACAUCCUCAACGGUCUGACCGUCAACCAGGCAGGCGAGAUCUUCAACGAGGAUGGCGAUGUUGUCGGCCGCGUUACCGACGGUGAUGUCUCCGAGCUCAAGGGCCGCAGCGUCAACGAGAAGGGUGAGAUCCUCGAUGAUGAUGGCAAUGUUAUUGGCCACGCCGAGAUCCACCCCGACGCCGCCGACCUCAUUGACCAGGACGAGGACGAGACUCCCGACGGCGCGGCCGAGGCCGCUGAGGGCGCCCCCACGGAUGCCACUGGCGAGGCCGUCGAGGGUGCCAAGUCCCAGACCGAGGGUGCGAAGUCGCGCGCCGAGGACGAGAUCCCUGACCUCCCUGGCGUCUCGGCGCUUGAGGGCAGGGAAAUCAACUCCGAGGGCGAGAUCGUCGAUGACGAAGGCAACGUCCUCGGCCAGGUCGCCGACGGCGUCGAUGUUAGCAAGGUCAAGGGCCUCACCGUCAACGAGGCGGGUGAGGUCGUCGACGAGGAUGGCAACGUGCUCGGCAAGGUUGAACUUGCCGAGGGCGCUGCUGAGAAGCUCCAGGAGGAGCUUGGCCCCAUGUCGCUCGACCUGAGGAUCCUUGAAGGCCUCAAGGUCAACAAGAAGGGCAAGGUCCUCAACGAGGAAGGCGAGGAGAUUGGCCAGCUCACCGAAGGCGAGCUCAAGUACGCCGCUGGCAAGACCAUCAACGACAAGGGCGAGGUGGUCGACAAGGACGGCAAGGUCGUCGGCAAGGUCGAGGUCGUACCUGGCGAGGCCGCCAACGAGGCCAUGAAUGAACUGCGCGAGCGCCUCGGCGAGGUCGAGGAGGACACCGGUCCCAAGCAGAUCAUCCCCAACCUUGACAUCAUGGACGGCCUCAAGGUCAACAAGAAGGGUCAGGUCUUGAACGAGGAUGGUGACCCCAUCGGCGAACUCAUGCAGGGCGAGCUUUCCGACUGUGCCGGCAAGAAGAUUAACGACCAGGGCGAAGUCCUUGACAAGGACGGCAACAUCAUUGGAAGAGUCCGCGCUCUGCCUCAAGAGAUGACGCCUUCGGAGGCCGAGGAGGCCAUCGAAGGUGGCGCCGAGGAGUACAAGGACGAAGCCGAGGAUGCUCAGGAGGCCGCUGAAGAUGCCCAGGAGGGCGCCGAAACCGCUCAGGAGAACGCCGAGCAGGCCGCCGAGGAUGCUGAGCAGGCCGGCCCCGAGCUGCCUCCUCUCUCCACCCUUGAUGGCCUCACGGUCAACAAGGCCGGCAAGCUCGUCAACGACGACGGUGUCAUUGUCGGUGAGCUGACCGAGGGUGACGCCAAGAAGCUUUCCAAGAUGGGCGUCACUGCCGAUGACCAAGGCCAGUUCUGGGACAACAAGGGCAACGUCAUCGGUCGUGCCCAAACCGUCCCCAUCGAUGACGGCAACGAGGAAGGCGCUUUCGCCGGCCUCGAGGGCCUUAUCGUCGUCAAGGACGGUUAUGUCGAGGAUGAGAACGGCAACAAGGUCGGUAUCAUCACCGAGGGCGAUGCCAAGAAGCUCGUUGGCCGUGCCGUUGAUGAAGACGGAGACAUCAUUGACAAGAAGGGCUCCGUCGUCGGCCAUGCCGAGCGCUGGGAGGAGGAAGAGCCCGAGCCCGAGCCCGAGGAGGAGCCCCUCGACCUCUCCAUGCUGGCUGGCAAGACCCUCAACAAGCAGGGCAACGUCAUCGGCGACGAGGGCGUCCCGGUUGCCCGCCUCGUCGAGGGUAACGCCAAGGAGCUCGUCGGCAAGAGGCUCGAUGACCAAGGCCAGAUCUGGAAUGACCAGGGCAAGGUCAUCGGCCGCGUCGAACUCAUUCCUGAGAACGAGCGGGAGUCCAAGCCCGAGGGACCGUUUGCUGGUCUUCAGGGUCUCCGUGUCGUUGCCGACGGUAAGAUUGCCGACGAGGACGAGAACAUUGUUGGCGAAAUCACCGAGGGUAACCCCAAGCGUCUCAUCGGCCUCGCUGUCGAUGAGGAUGGCGAUAUCAUCGAUCGGUACGGCAACGUCAAGGGACAUGCCGAGCCUCUCGAGGAAGAGCCCGAGGAGGAAAUCGACCUCUCGAUUCUCGACGGUAAGCUGCUGAACAAGCAGGGUUAUGUCGUCAACGAAGAGGGCAUUCCUUUCGGCAGGCUUGUCGAGGGCAACGUUAAGGAGCUUGCUGGUCGUCGUUGCGAUGAGGAAGGUCUUAUCCACAACGACACCGGUAAGAUCGUUGGCCGCUGCGAGCUCAUUCCCGCGAGUGAGCGCGAGAGCAAGCCUGAGGGACCCUUCGCCGGUCUUGAAGGUUUGCGCGUGAUUGCCGACGGCAAGGUUGCUGAUGAGGAUGGUAAUGUCGUCGGUGAGAUUACCGAGGGCGACCCUAGGAAGCUCAUCGGCAACCACGUCGACGAAGACGGCGAUAUUAUUGACAAGCACGGUAACGUCAAGGGUCACGCCGAGCCUCUUCCUGAGGAAGAGGCGGAAGCGCCUCCUGACCUUUCCAUUCUCGACGGCAAGAUGCUCAACAAGCAAGGUUUUGUUGUCAACGAGGACGGUAUUCCUCUGGGCAAGCUUGUUGAGGGCAAUGUCAAGGAACUCGCUGGUCGCCGCUGUGACGAGGAGGGCCAGAUCCACGGCGAUACCGGCAAGGUUGUCGGUCGCUGCGAGCUUAUCCCCGAGAACGAGCGUGUCGCCAAGCCGGAAGGUCCCUUCGCCGGCCUGGAAGGCCUCAAGGUCGUCCACGGCGGAAAGGUCGAGGACAUUGACGGCAACGUCGUGGGUGAGAUCACCGAGGGUGACCCGAAGAAGCUGCUCGGCAACUCUGUUGAUGAAGACGGUGACAUUAUCGACAAGUACGGCAAUGUCAAGGGCCACGCUGAGCCUUGGGAGGAGGAGGAGCAGACUCCCGAGGAUCUGUCGGCGUUGGCUGGCUGCACCGUCAACAAGGCCGGCAACGUUGUCGACUCGGCGGGUGCCGUCAUCGGUCGCAUCGCCGAGGGUGACCCCAAGACCAUGGUCGGCAAGAAGGUCGAUGGCCAGGGUCAGAUCUGGGACAACGCAGGCAACGUCGUGGGCCGCGCUGAGCUCGCCAAGGGCGCCGACACGACGCCCGAGGGCCCCUUCGCUGGCUUCGACAGCAUCACCGUCGUCAAGGACGGCUUGGUUGUCACGCCCGACGGCUCCAUUGUUGGUCGUGUGAUCGAGGGCGACGUCAAGAAGCUCGUCGGUCACCACGUCGACGAGGAGGGUGACAUCUCCGACAAGCACGGCAACACCAUCGGCAAGGCCGAGAGGUGGGAGCCCGAGGAGAAGGAGCGCCGCAUCAACCCCAUGUCGGGCCGCCGCGUCAACAAGGAAGGCGAGGUGCGCGACGAGAACGGUGACAUCAUGGGCCGUUUGACGGCUGGCGACCUGGGCCACUGCGCCGGUCUCGAGGUCGACGACAACGGUUAUGUCAUCGACAACGAUGGUAACAAGGUCGGCGAGGUUACGCUGCUCGCGAACAUUGUCGAGGAGGAGGAGGAAGAGGAGGGCCUUACUGAGGAGGAGCUCGAGGAGUUGCGCAAGAAGAAGGAGGAUGCUGAGCUGGCCGACAAGAUGGCCAACAUCUGCCAGCAGACUCUGGAGCGCGUCCAGCCCGUCUGCAAGCAGAUCACCGAGUACAUUGAGAAGGCGGAUCGCACUCCUCGCGAGGAGCUCGACGAGGAAGAGCUCGUCAACAACGUCAAGCCUCUCAUCGAGGAGGGUGGUCGUAUCCUGCAAGAGUGCAACGGCUCGCUGCGCGGUCUCGACCCCGACGGCCGCAUCGCCGCGCAGGCCAAGGGCCGCGCCAACACGCGCGAAGCCACGCCCGAGGAGUACCGCCUGGCCGACUGCCUGAAGGAGCUGACGACGACGGUUGUCACGACCAUCGACAACGCUAAGAAGAAGAUUGCCGACAUGCCGCACGCCAAGAAGAAGCUGAACCCGCUGUGGGCGCUGCUGACGGAGCCGCUGUUCCAGAUCAUCGCGGCCGUGGGCCUGCUGCUGAGCGGCGUGCUGGGCCUGGUGGGCCGUCUGCUCAACGGGCUCGGCCUGGGCGGCCUCGUCAACGGCCUGCUGGGCGGUCUGGGCAUCCACAAGCUGCUCAGCGGCUUGGGCCUGGGCUCUAUCAGCGAGGCGCUCGGCGGCAAGAAGGAGAAGAAGAAGAGCGGCGGUGGUGGCGCUGCUGGCUUGCCGCUUGUCGGCGGUAUGUUUGGCGGCAAGUAA